AUGACUAAAUCAGACGAAAAGGGCUCUGCUAGUUCUAGCGGAGGCUCUUUAUCCAGUCCAGAGCUCUAUACAAGUCCUGAGCAUGAGCACAUCCUUGAGCUGGCGCGAGAGCUCACACGGGUCUCAACUCGCAGCGGUUACGCAUCUCCGUUUGGCGACACAAGCGAUCCCGAGCUUGACCCCUCCUCUCCGGAGUUUUCAUCUUUGAAGUGGUCUCAAAACGUUCAUCGACUCAUGUCCAGCGAAUCUGACCAGCACCCUGAACGCUCGCUUGGUGUGUCUUUCCGCAAUUUGCAUGCGUAUGGCCACUCGACUGGCGGUUCUGGUUACCAGCUCACUACAGGAAAUCUAAUGUAUGCCACAGCUCAGAUGGUUGUGGCGACAAUGAACCCCAAAAAGGAAAAAGUGGACAUUCUCUAUGGUAUGGAUGGUGUUCUACAACCGGGCGAGCUUCUAGUUGUAUUGGGGCGUCCUGGUUCUGGCUGCUCGACGUUUUUGCGUACACUUUCCCAGCAGACCUACGGGUUCAAAGUGGAGGAUAAGACCGAGUUUAACUAUAGUGGUGUCAGUGCGAAUGAUGUCUCCUCACGUUUCCGCGGUGAUGUUACCUACUCGGCGGAAUCUGAGUUGCACUUUCCAAAUUUGACUGUCGGCGAUACCCUGCUUUUUGCCUCUCGCAUGAAGACCCCUGACAACCGCAUCAAUGGUGUAGAUCGCAUGACCUACGCACGCCAUAUGCGCGACGUUGUUAUGGCAACGUUCGGUCUGACCCACACCAUGAACACUCGUGUAGGUAACGACUUGAUUCGCGGCGUUUCCGGCGGUGAGCGUAAGCGUGUCUCAAUUGCAGAGUUGGUGCUUUGCCAAUCUGUUUUCCAAUGCUGGGACAAUUCCACCCGUGGUCUUGACUCGGCUACUGCUUUGGAGUUUGUUCGAUCUUUGCGUAUCUCAAGUGAUACUUUCAAAUCUACUGCUGCUGUUGCCGUUUACCAGGCAUCGGAUGAGAUGUACGACAUGUUUGACAAAGUCGUUGUCCUCUACGAAGGUUACCAGAUCUACUAUGGUCCCGUGGCUAGAGCUCGUAAAUUCUUUUACGAUAUGGGUUGGCAACCGAAGCCCCGUCAGCCUACUCCUGACUUUUUGACAUCUCUUUCUCAACCAACUGAACGUGAAGCACGUCCUGGUUACGAAGAGAAGGUUCCUCGUACGCCGCAAGAGUUCAACGAGCGCUGGAGAAAUUCCGAGCUUUAUGCUGAACUGCAGCAAGAGAUUGACGACUUCAACAGCAAUUAUCCUAGUGGUGGUGAGCAUGCUCAGAAGUUCCAAGAAUCUGCCGAUUUGCGUAAAGACAAGCGCUUGCCUCACAAAGCGGCUUAUACUGUCUCCUGGCACGAACAGGUGAAGGGUCUUGCCUGGCGCGGAUUCAAGCGCAUGCAAGGUGACCCAACGAUGCCUUCUAUUCAGGUAUUUGGUAACUUCGCCAUGGGCCUAAUUAUUUCAUCCAUUUUCUACAAUAUGCAACAGGUCACUGGAUCGUUCUAUCACCGUACCGCGGUCAUCUUUUUUGCCCUUCUGUUUAAUGCUUUCUCUUGCAUGUUGGAAAUUUUCGCUUUGUACGAGGCUCGUCCUAUCGUGCAGAAACAUCACCAGUAUGCUCUUUAUCACCCAGCGGCCGAUGCGGUUGGUUCUAUUACCACAGAAAUGCCCAUUAAGAUUGCGACUGCUAUCAGUUUUAAUCUCGUGAUGUAUUUCAUCCCCAAUCUGCGUCGAUCUCCUGGUAAUUUCUUCUUUUAUUUGUUUGCCAAUUUCCUGGCCACUCUCACCAUGUCGCAUCUGUUCCGAACACUUGGUGCUAUGACCAAAACACUCAUGGAGGCCAUGGUUCCCGCAAAUCUUAUCUUGCUUGGUUUGGUCCUGUUUACUGGUUUCGUUAUUCCUACUCGUAACAUGCAUUUGUGGUGCCGUUGGAUUAAUUAUGUCGAUCCCUUGGCCUAUAUCUACGAGUCCCUACUUACGAAUGAGUUUUCGAACCGUUUAUUCAAGUGUACAAGUUUGCUCCCUGAAGGUCCUGCGUAUUCUGAUGUCCCAAUGAGCCAGCGUAUUUGUACAGUUCCUGGUUCCAAGGUCGGCGAGAUGGAGGUUCAAGGUAGUGACUAUAUUUGGCAAUCGUUCCGUUAUAAACAAACUCAUCAAUGGCGUAACAUUGGUGUUACGUUUGGUUGGAUGUUUUUCUUCUUGGGCACUUAUCUCUUGGCAGUUUGGGUUAAUCCUGGCGCCCGUACCAAGGGUGAGGUUUUGAUCUUUCCCCGCCGCAUUCUGAACAAGAUGAAGAAACAAUGGAAGGCUGCUGGCCACGAGGGUGCUCCUACUAAGCAACUGGUUGACGGUGAUACUGGUUCUCAGGAUGUUGCUUUGGCUGCCUCUGAUGAUAUUUUCUGGUGGAAAGAUGUUUGCUACGAUAUCAAGAUCAAGGGCGAGCCUCGUCGUUUACUAAACCACGUUUCGGGUUGGGUGAAGCCAGGUACUUUGACUGCUCUCAUGGGUGCUUCCGGUGCUGGUAAAACCACACUCCUUGAUACCCUCGCCAAUCGUGUCACCAUGGGUGUAGUCACUGGUCAUGUUUUCGUUAAUGGUACACCACGUGAUAACUCUUUCCAACGGUCGACCGGUUACGCCAUGCAGCAAGAUUUGCACUUGGAGACUUCUACUGUCCGUGAGUCGCUUGUUUUUGCUGCACUGAUGCGCCAGCCUUGGAAAGAUAGUUACGAGGAGAAGAUUGCCUACGUUGAUACAGUGCUGAAGGUUUUGGAGAUGGAGACUUAUGCUGAUGCAGUUGUUGGUGUCCCAGGCAAUGGUCUCAAUGUUGAACAGCGUAAGCGUUUGACUAUUGGAGUUGAGUUGGCUGCUAAACCUAAGCUGCUUUUGUUCUUGGAUGAGCCGACAUCCGGUUUGGACUCUCAGACAGCUUGGUCGGUUUGCCAACUGAUGAAGAAGCUAUCCAACGCAGGACAGGCCAUUUUAUGUACGAUUCACCAGCCUUCUGCGCUGUUGUUGCAACAGUUUGAUCGUCUUUUGUUCUUGGCUCGUGGUGGCCGCACUGUUUACUUUGGUCCAAUUGGCGAGAACGCGGAGGAGCUUUGUGGCUACUUCGAAAAGUAUGGCGCGGACCCUUGUCCUCCAGAUGCCAAUCCUGCUGAAUGGAUGUUGCAUGUUAUUGGUGCGGCUCCCGGAUCCCACGCCAAUCAGGACUACGCUGACGUCUGGCUGUGGUCUGAGGAGCGCCAGGCUAUGCGUGACGAAAUCAACGAGCUCAUUCGCCGGUUUGAUGCCAAACAUGAAAAUCGCAACCCUGACAAGGAAGCGCAUCGAGAGUUUGCUGCGCCUUUGUGGUAUCAGUUCUGGCGUAUGCUGCAUCGUCAGUGGCAGAUGGAGUGGCGCCAGCCUAUGUACCUGUGGUCCAAGUUUUGGCUGUCAGUUAUCACGUGUCUUUUCAAUGGUUUUGCAUUCUUCAAGGCCGAUAACACUAUUCAGGGCAUGCAGAAUCUGAUGUUUUCGGUCUUCAUGUUCACAACUCUUCAAAAUGCUCUUAUUUACCAGUACCUACCCUCGUUUGUCGCCCAACGUGCACUGUACGAGACUCGCGAGCGUCCAUCUAAGAUUUUAUCCUGGAAGGCGUUCGCACCGGCAGUUAUCAUUGCGGAAAUUCCUUGGCAAAUCAUUGUGGGCACUUUUGCGUUCCUAUGUUGGUACUACCCUGCAGGCUUAUACAACAACGCCAACUUUACUGGGGCCAUGACGGAGCGUGGAGGUAUGACGUACUUCUACGUUAUCCUCUAUUACAUUUUCUCGAUCACGAUGGGUCAAGUGUGUGUCGCUGGUAUGGAUGACGAUGAUACAUCAGCCAAUAUUGCUAUGUUGCUGUUCACGAUCACACUGAUGUUCUGUGGUGUACUAUCCACCAAGGAGGACAUGCCUGGAUUCUGGGUGUUUAUGUAUCGCGUAUCACCAAUGACAUACUGGAUCGGUGGUAUGCUCGCUCUCGCUAUUGCUAACGCCCCUGUGAAUUGUGCGGACUAUGAGUUCGUUAGAGCGCCAGCUGUUAACGGAAUGAACUGUGGAGAAUACCUUGGUCUGUAUGCAAAGAUGGGAGGUGGCCGGGUUGUUAAUCCCGCGUCCACCACCGAAUGCAACUACUGCCCUAUUGCCGAUACGAACAUUUAUCUUGCCAGCCUGGAUAUUUACUACCAUCAGAGAUGGCGUAAUCUUGGUCUUUUCAUUGUUUAUAUCGUUGUUAACAUGGUUGGUGCCGUUUUCAUUUACUGGCUCGCUCGUGUGCCCAAAUCGUCUUCUCGUGUCAAAUUGGUCCCGCUUGAGCCUCUUGACCAGGAUGAGCACCAGGACGAGGCUACCGCCGAUGGUCAUCCCGCACCCGAAAUUGUCAAGACGCAGAAAGGUAAGAACGCGAUUGAGAUCCACCACGAGCUGCAAGCCAGGUUUGGUGCUGAUAAAAAGCAUGCUUAUGGUGCUGACAGUACCUCUUCGCCUCUGGACAACACCAGCAUCAGUGAAUCUUCCAUUUCCAGUGUAUCCGACUAA